AUGAGGACGGCGCUGCUCGUGGCAUGUCUAUUAAGCCGCUUCUUGGGGCCUUUCAACCGCCUUGUCAAUGCCUCCAACUUCAUCGACAACGACGCUGCUGAUGAGAUCGAGGACGACGACAGCAGCAGCUUUGACUUUAUGUCGAGCAACCUAGAGGUCCUCCAGCCUGAUCCAGAUCUAGUAGAAGUCCAAUGCGACGGUCUCGAGUGUCCAGUCGACAGAAGAGACAGGAUGGACGACGUCCCGUCUGUCUGGACUCGGGGUCUCGUGACGCCCAAACUCAAGCCGGAACUCAUCCUGAAAGAGCACGCACGAGCUUCCAGUCGCAGCCAAAAGCUCUUCCGAGGCGAGACGUUGGGUUACGUCACGCCUUGGAACAGCAGGGGUUACGCCUUGGCCAAAAGGUUUCGCUCCAAGUUCACGUACAUCUCGCCCGUGUGGCUCCAAGUGCGUGAAGACCGUAACCACGUGCCCACUAUCACGGGCCUUCACGAGAUCGACCGGCAGUGGGUGCAGCAUGUCAAGCACGGAGUGGAAGGAGAGGUGAAGCUCGCGAUGGAUCCAGCGGUGGUACCUCGUGUUGUGUACGAGCGUAACCAACUGAAGUCCGAAGACGUUCCGCUGAUCACGAACCUGAUGCUGGAUCUGAUGAACGAGCACGACUUUGAUGGCAUCGUGUUUGAGAUUCCUGUCAUGCAAGGGACGCUCGAUAUGCUGCAACAAUUGGCCCGGGCCUUCCGAGCUGCAGACAAGUUGUUCAUUCUUGUGCUGCCCCGGAGCUCCAACGACGGUGAGAUGCCCGUGACGCACGAGCUUUUCGCCGAGCUGGCACCGCUAGUCCAUCGCUUCUCCAUGAACGCGUAUGACUUUGGUACGCCAGGGCCAAAUGCGCCAUACCCGUGGCUGGCAAAGACGUUGGAGAAGAUGUCACCGAUGGAGCGGCAGAGGAUACUGAUGGGACUUCCGUUUUACGGCUACGAUAACGCUGAUGCGAUUACGGGGAGUGCCUACAUCCAAGCGUUAACGGACAACGAUGUGACCAUUCGAUGGGACCUGGAGUCACAUGAGUGUCAGCACGUGUACACUGCUGCGGAACCGAGCCGUCAGCACGUGCUUUUCUUUCCAUGUCUGCAAUUCCUGCAGGAUCGUUUGACACUGUACAAGGCUAACGGCGUGGGGGUAGCAAUCUGGGAGCUCGGGCAAGGGCUAGAUUUCUUCUACGACCUCCUGUAA